AUUCGAAGCUGAUUGAAGGGGCUACAGGCUUCGUCUUACAAUGGCUUCUAUAACACACCGUCUUCUGUCUGUUAAUUACUACUACUGGCUUCUCCUCAUUCUCUCCACCUUGGUGGUUUUUGCUCCACCACAAGUUCCCAAGCUCACCACGUCUACCUGGACCUGCUAAGACGCGAGUAGCAUUCAUUUUCGCUCGUUCGGUACGUCCAUUGAUUUCGUUAUGGAUGGAUUAGAGGAAAGACUGAAUGUCAUUCGGUCUCAUGUCAAAUCAAAGCUGGAAAACCAACAGCUUCCGGCUCUCGUAUUGACGACCAUUGACAAGUCUAUUAAGAAGACCAAACAAAAACCGGGCCCUGAGGUGUACAUGACAGCUCUGGUUGCUCUUGUUCAACAAGACGCGUUUUCCGAUGAAAAACUUCAAUAUUCUGUCGUGUAUUUGCUUUCGAUGAUUUUACCAGAAACGAAAUCGGCCAGCCGGGUGCCAUUAUGCAAAAGCCUCUUGCCUAUUCUUGAGGGAUUAACGAAAACGGCAAAUCAAAAUGCACCAGUAGUCCGUUGUGCAAUUAGCUGUCAUGCAUCUCUUGUUGAAGCAGCUGUUAUGGAGCAAUCUGAGGGAAAUAAGGAACUUGUUGAGAACAGUGUUGAGUUUCUCUUUCUUUUCACCAUCGAUGCCCGUCCCAAGAUUCGUAAAAGGGCUGUCGAAUGCUUGCAGGGUUUGUUGCAGCGGGAUGAACGGAUCGGUAUUACUAUUGCUCGAGUUUUUGUUCGUAAACUUCUUAACAUGCUUGAUGAAGCUGGCAAGAAGAACUCCCAGAGUGAAAAGUCUAAAGAUGCAGGGCAGUCGAGCACAGACAGUGACGGCUCAAAAGCGUAUACCGACAUCCUUCACGUUUUCCAGUUACUGAAUAGUUUGCUGCAUCUUUCGCAGAUGGAGGCUCAGGAACUUGGUACAUUGAUACUAGCAGUGGUCCGGUUUGUGGACGCAAACGUCGUACAGAAUGGAUAUGUGUAUAAAAGUCUUGCUGAGUUCCUGGAAAAUGCAGUCGAAGAACGGGUAGACGCUUUGUCUGACACUCAGCUUUCUGAGCUCGUCAAAGAACUGCUCCAGAAAUGGGAUAUUUUGCCUGGUCCUGCGGCUUUCGCCUUGGCUGCUCUUACUCAGCGCCUGCCAAAUCAAGGUUUGAAGCAAUUGGACCUGCUAAUUGAACAACUAAUUCACGCCCUUACACAAACAAAUACGAACAAACCUUCAGUCAUGGGUGAAAAGGGCACUGAAGUAGCCGAAGAAAGAAAACCGGGUACGCAACUCACCAGCCCGUAUGAACACUCUUCUGUCGUUUUUGUCGACCGCUUGCAGGCAGCAUUUGGAAAGAAAAGCGUUGCACCUACUCUGUCUGGGAAGGCUGCAACUUUGAUUAAUCGAAAGUUCUUACAAAAUGCCGCUAACACAGGUCCGUAUGCGUUUGCUUGUGUUUGUGCAUUUUUGCGGAAGCUCCUCAGAUUCGCAACACCUGAACACGAAAAAGAGUACUGCAUUUUGCUCACUAAUUUGCAUUCAUUCCUUACGCGCAAGGAGCUUUCUAUGCAGAAAUCCGUGCACGAUCUAGUUGGUGCUUUUAUUCAAACAUUUCACACCCGUAGUCUUGUGGAGGCUUUUCGUCUGUCUUCCAAGGGUGAGUUGAGUCGCUUGGAAAAAACCAAAUGGUUCGUGCAAGUGAUGCAGAAGAACGUUCAGUGUGACGAGUUGAAUGUGUACAAGUCUAUUUUUUUUCCUGCUGCUAUGAACGGAUCAAAGGCAUGGUGGUCGCUUCUGCCUGCAUAUUGCAAAGAACCUACAGAUGCGGAGAAUGCUAUUGAUGAAGACUUUGUUAGGAAUCUUGCUGGCGCACUAAUUCAGCAGAAAGUUUCCCGUCAGCCCAUUCUUUCUGCAUUGGAACUGCUUGUGGAAAACAAUGCGCAAGCUCAGAAAGCGUUACUGCCUUUUGCAGAAAAUAUAAUGGGUACGCUUGGAAACUUGGUAUUCGAGCUGAGCGAAGAUGUGGUUUUGCAGCAAAAGACCCUUCAUACGCUUUGUUCCAUUUAUCGAGUUGCGGAACCUAUCCAGGAGUCAUUCAUAACAACCAUCAUUCAGCAUCUUCGUACAUUUUUAACGUCUACUAAACGUCAAGAAAACGAUGAAAAACAGGCAAAGGUUGCCGCUACUAUGCUUCCUCAACUUUUGCGCUAUGCUCCCGAUCAAACAUGGCGACCUUUGAGUGAACUUCUUGCUGUUUUGCUCACCGACGAAGGUAUGCAAUCCAUCGAUUUUUUGAAACAGAACCGCUUCCUUUAUCGACUUCUUAAGGCAGCCUUGUUGAACGAACGUAUGUCAAAGAAGCUACAACCUCGUAUUUCGAGUUUCUGCCAGGGCCUUGUUGAGCUUCCGGUAAAUGUCGUCUCGCAAGAUCCAUCAACUGCACUUGAACGCAUGAGUACAUGGAGAUUACUGCUUGAGUUGUUGCCGGAGAAUGACCUACAUGUACUCCCUCCCAUUAUUGAGGAGAUAAUUUUGACGAGCAAGCAUGAGGAAGAGGAAGUUCGAGAAGAAGCUUAUGGAUUGUUGAUCCAAAUGGGUGAGAAGUGUAAACAAGGAGGUCGCAUUGAGCAAUCGCGUAUUGAUGGAUUGGGUGAAGAUGCGCCAUCUGUCGAUGCCACUUUGGAUGAAUUUCUAAUGAUGAUGGUUGCUAUCUUGGUUGAUCCAACCGCGCAACACGCACCCGUUGCUAUUACAGCAUUGUCAAGAAUCGUGUACGAAUUUCGUGAGGACAUUGGUUCGGAUAUGCUGAACACUCUCUUCGAGACCGUGGAAACGUAUCUUGGGGGUAAGCAUCACGAAUCUGCACGCUCAAGUAUCGGUUUCGUAAAAAUGUUUGUGACCUCUUUCCCUGCUUCUGCGCUUGAGGCUCGUCUUAACACGCUCAUGCCCAUGCUGUUUCGCUGGCUGAAAGAACACAAUGCUUAUGUGAAACUUAAGGCGAAACAGCUUGUUGACCGAAUGAUUCGGGUGUUUGGAGUACAAAAACUGGGACAAUUUACGGAGGAUGAAGAUGAUAAAAAGUGGUUGAACAAGGUCAAUUCCGUUCGUGAGGCUCGCGGCAAGAAACAGUCGACCAAGGAUGAAGAUGAAGAAAUGCAAGAAGCGGAAUCGGAUGGAGAAACAAAAUUCACUGCACAGAAAGCACAAAGGUUUAAGUCAAACUCAACGAAUACGCAACGUUCUUCUCAGCAUUCUUCCCAAGGUUCGACUCGGCGUUUUACUCAACGCCCUACACAACGUCCUUCCCGAACAACCUCAUUUGAUUCUUCUUCAAAUAUGAAGAAGAGACGCAACGACGACACACACAAAUCUGGCAGAGGUGGAGCAAAAAUGAGACGGAAGGGACGUUAAAAAAGUGUUUUUGUUUUAUGUUUUUACUAAAGGGCUAAAGGUACUUUUUGGGAAUUAUUUUUGUUUCAUUGGUAUUAGGAUAUAGAAUGACAGUUAAUAUUAGUUGACAAUUCUAAACGAG